GAUUGAGUGAGAGAGAUGAGCUACGGUGGCUUCUCACUUCCAAACGGUUUCCGGUUCCAGCCCUCCGAUGAGGAGCUGCUGAAUCACUACUUGCAGAAGAAGAAUCAGCGGGAGGACCCCGAGAUCACGGCCAUCAUCCCUGAGAUUGAUGUGUCCAAGCACGAGCCUCGCGACUUGCCCGCACUGGUGUUCACAGGGGCGGAGUUUCUGGACAGGGACUCAGGGAGUGGUUCACGAUGGCGGACUCUCCGGACAUGGAGUGGUACUUCUUCAGUCCUAGAGUUUUUAAGCAUAGCAACAGCAAAAGCACUAAGAUGAACAGGACUAGGGGGGAAGGCUUUUGGAAGAAGCAAGGCAGCGAUCGCAGGAUCACUGGGGCCUAUUCUGAUAAGCAGAUUGGGGGGAAGAGGAUCUUGACCUUCUUUCUGCCGAAAAAGCAGAAGAUUGACUGGGUUAUUCAUGAGUAUUAUCUCACUAAGGCCGAUUCUGAUGAGCAGAUCGGCGACUUCGUUCUCUGCCGCUUGAAGGACAACCACUUAAAGAAGAAGUCAGGCAAGUCUGAGCAUGAUCGGCAGGAUGCUCCAUUGUGCGAUGGACGUGAGCCUAGUAGCGGUAGCUGCAUUAUGGCCUUCAAUGUUGAAGGUCAAGCAUCCAGUGAGCUGGGAAAUGUUGUUGUGAUUCCCAAUGGCAAUGUUGAUGAAGCUGAACAUGGUGGAGGUAGCUGUAUUAUGACCUUAAAUGUUGAAAGUCCAGCAUCCAAACAGCUGGAAAAUGUUAGUAGAAUGGUCUUGGAGCUCAUUCUUGAAGGUGGAGAGAAAUGUCACUAA